AUGAAAUUCGUAUCAGCUCUUGUGGUUUUGGCAGCUUUUGCAGCAGCCGAUGCACAGUCUUCGUUCAAGCUCGACGGACACGAAAUCCAACAAGUCCUUGCCGAUGAUAAGCUUUAUCACCAGUAUUUUAACUGCGUCAUGGAUAAAGAGAAGUGCACACCAGACGGCCAGGAUUUAAAAGAUCAUAUUCCUGAUCACAUAAAUGGAGGUUGCGCCAAUUGCACACCAGAAAGGAAGGAAAGAGCAAAGACGCUAGUCAGAUUCAUGGUUGCAAAGAAGAAUCAUGAUUUCGAAGAAUUUGAGAAAAAGUAUGACCCCAAACACAUGAUGAGGAAGCAAUAUGGCCAGUGACUCAAUCCGAUUGAAAAAUAAAAA